UGCGUUACGAUGCGAUGAUUACGGUUCGGUGAUAAUCAGACGGCCAAGCCAGGAUAGCCCUCAGUGAAGGUUACGGUCCCGUGCAAUUGGUGUGUGCCUCAGUCAGUGGAAUUGCCCAAUUCUCUGAUUCGGACUUGAAUAUUUGCAAGACUCAACCUUUCGAGACCGGAAUCGGAAUCGAAAUCGAAGCCGUUCAGUCGAACAGCACGUAUAUGUCGGUUUGUUGAAAUUGAAAGUGUCCGGAACGCAGGAGAGAUCCCACCAAGAUGGCUCUCGUAUUGGAGUGGCUGGCGGGAGAUUACUAUCAAUGGAUCGUCGAUAACCGAGAUAACCGAAGCCUCGAUUUGCCGUUCAUGGAGAGCCCAUGGCCGGUGAUGGGCAUCCUUAUCAGCUAUCUGUACGUGGUUCUAAGGGCUGGACCCAGAUAUAUGGAGAAACGAAAACCCUACGAUCUUAGAAACAUCAUCCGGAUAUACAACAUAGCGCAAGUAGUCCUAAAUGCGCUGCUCUGUGUGACUAUUGGAUCCACCAUGUGGGCUCGGGAUGAUUUCGACUGGAAGUGUCAACUAAUUGAUUAUUCGGCGACCCCCGCCGGAAUGCGUGAAAUGCGGAUGGCGUACUACUAUUUCCUGCUUAAAAUUUUAGAUCUCGCAGAUACAGUAUUUUUUGUGCUGAGGAAAAAGCAAUCGCACGUGUCCUUCCUGCACGUGUAUCACCACGCGCUCAUGGUGUUCGUUACCUUCUGGGCCGUCAUGUUUUCACCAGGUGGUCACGGUUACCUGCUGGGCGUGUGGAACACGCUGGUGCACGCGGUCAUGUACUACUACUACUAUCGGGCGUCCUAUGGUGACGAAAGCGCCGUCUGGUGGAAGAAAUACCUGACUAGGCUCCAGUUGGUGCAGUUCGUGCAUCUCGGGUGCCACUUCAUGAUAGCCAUCGUGAUGGGAUCGGAUUGCAAAUAUUCAAAAUUCUGGAGCUGGGUGGCGCUUUCGCAGGCGUGCAUCAUACUGGCCAUGUUCUUAAACUUCUACAUCAAAACGUACCGAAAAAGUGAAACCCCCAAGCCAGUCGAAAAAACGAAUUGAUUGAUUGUGUAACUUAUUAUGGAGUGAGUGCGAUGUUUGUGGAUGAAUGAGUGUCGCUAAGAUCGACCCGACUGAAACGCGUAGCUCAAUAAAUAUAAU